AUGACUCGUCCACGCCCUAUCGCUCGGUUGUCGAGCGAGGCCCCCUCCGAAACCUCCUCCUCUACUUCUCCCGAACGCGCCGUCGACGAUGACACAGACUUUUUCAUGGAACAGGCCAACGACUCGGAGUCCUCGAUUGGAGUUGCUAAUUUCCGCGAUCCCCAUGUAGAUCAGAGUCAGAAUGUGGCUUUGCCGCCGAUUAGCCGCCUCCCUCCUGAGCUCUUGAUCGCGAUCUUCUCCAAGAUCGAGGAAACACAGGAUAUGUUCAACUGCAUGCAGGUGUGUCGUAGCUGGGCCGCGAACUGCGUCGCGAUAAUGUGGCAUCGGCCAUCGUGCAAUAAGUGGCGCAAACUGGUGAACGUUGCGUCAUCAGUCGGAAAAACCGAUGGUCUCUUCACCUAUGCCGACCUUAUCAGGCGCCUUAACCUGUCGGGUCUAGUCAAAGACGUUAGUGAUGGAACAGUUGUACCGUUCACUCAGUGCAAACGCAUCGAACGAUUGACGCUCACAAACUGCUCCCAAAUCUCAGAUAAGGGAGUUUCGGAUCUCGUUGAAGGGAACCGACAUUUACAGGCGCUGGAUGUUACUGAUCUACAAAUGUUGACCGAUCAUACGAUUUACGUGCUCGCAAGAAACUGCCCACGCCUGCAGGGACUUAAUAUAAGCAACUGCAACAAAAUUACGGACGAGUCGUUACUCGUCUUGUCGCAGAGCUGCCGCCACAUCAAACGGUUGAAACUUAACGGGGUUACCAAUGUCACGGACACGGUUAUUAACUCAUUUGCCCAGAACUGCCCUGCAAUUCUGGAGAUCGACUUACAUGGCUGCAAACAAAUCACCAGCGCAACAGUAACGACUUUGCUCACGACCCUCCGUCAUCUUCGAGAACUACGCCUUGCGCAUUGCACUGAAAUUAGUUCCUGGGCAUUUACGGACCUGUCUCAGAAUAUAAAGCUUGACAGCUUACGUAUUCUUGACCUCACGGCGUGUGAGCUUGUCGGGGACGAGGCUGUGGAGCGGAUCAUCAGCGCCGCUCCUCGCCUGCGAAAUUUGGUGCUGGCAAAGUGCCGGUUCAUCACAAAUCGAUCCUUAAGAGCAAUUAGCAAGCUGGGCAAGAAUCUCCACUACGUUCAUCUAGGACAUUGUUCCCUUAUCACCGAUGAUGCGGUGAUCGAACUCAUAAAGGCUUGCAACCGCAUCCGUUAUAUUGAUUUAGCUUGCUGCACCGAGUUGACCGACGAUACCGUUAUUCACUUAGCUGCUCUACCAAAACUUAGACGGAUUGGAUUGGUAAAAUGCGCAAAAAUCACCAACUUCGGCAUCAAAGCCUUUACCUUCAAACACCCACAUCAUCGACUCAGCAUCAGCAAUCUAGAGCGUGUCCAUCUCAGUUACUGCACAUCAUUAACUCUUGAGUCAAUUCACCCGUUGGUCAACAAAUGUCCAAGGCUUACGCAUUUGAGUCUGACCGGUGUUCAACCGUUUCUGCGACCAAAUCUCACCGGCUUUUGUCGUGCGGCUCCCGAGGAAUUCACGGAGCAGCAACGAGAUGCCUUUUGCGUGUUCAGUGGAGAAGGAGUGACUAAUUUACGCAAUUACUUGAAUGAACAGGCAAGACAUCAGCAACAACAACAGUCAAUUGAUACCGUCAUGUGGGAUGACGACGAGGAAAUGGAAGACGAAGAGGGGAAUAUCACAGGUCUGAUGCAUGCGACUGGUCUCGAUGACGGAGACUACAUCGAUGUUAGAUCUCUUGAAGAUUGA